CGCGUGUGGGUAUACGAUGCAGAAGGAAGUUGGGCCAUCGAUGAGUUUCACAGAUCGUUGGUGUUAAAAGGUGCUGGGGUAUGCGUGCAGCUCUUCAUACCAAGAAUAACAAGCAAAUCCAACCAAGACAGAGAGAGCAAGGUCCAGGGAGGCACUACAGUGCGCGUCCCCCACAUCAAGGAAGAAGAUGAACCUCUGUUCCUACACAAAGAAACGGUUCACGAUUGGGCAUUUUUAUUGCCUCGUAGUUCUCGCUGCGAUUCUAGGCAUGGCUACAUACUAUGUACGUUUUCAGGUGGAACCAAGGUAUUCAGUUCAAUCAUUUUAUUGCUGGGACCGACCUGUUCCACAGGUAACUGUAGAAGAGCACGAAGACACGUUCGUGCCGAACAUCGUGCAUUUUAUAAGACUGGGCGAUGCCCCGUUGUCUUUUAUCGAAGUCGUAAGCAUCCGAGCAGCCUGGCUCCAGCAGAAACCGGACUCUCUGAUGAUUCACUGCAACAACUGCAGCGCGACCACAGGAAGCGAGAACUGGAAGCACAUCAAGGACAUACCGCGACUAACACUCAGCUACGUCGAGAAACCGGAGACAAUAUUUGGCAUCGAGAUCAGCUGUAUCCAGCAUGCCUCCGACGUCGUUCGCAUCAGGGUGCUGAGGAAGUACGGAGGCAUCUACCUCGAUAGUGAUUCCUACAUCGUGAAGAGUCUGGACAAGUACAGGCGCUAUGAAGCGGCUAUAGGGUGGCCACCACGCCAGAACAUCGGCAACCAGGUAAUCGUGGCCCAUAAACGAUCCGAGUUUUUGCGUCUGUACUGCGAGUCGUAUCGCAAGUAUCGGCCUGACCUUUGGUAUUACAACGGCGGUGAGCUACCAACGAAAGAGAUACUCAGCAAGAAGCCCCACCUUGUCUACAGAGUUCCUUGCGACUUUGGAGUGCACGAACACAUCGUCAUAACUUUGUUUGAAGAGUCCAACGACGACUGGAGGAACUUCAGUGCCGUGCACGUAUUCUUCAGGCACAGGACUUACUACUUUCCCUCUGACAAAUUCGGACCAAUCAACUUCGAGACGGUAGGACGGUACAAAGCGAAUUUCGGAAAGAUGGCGCGCCUCGUACUCACAGGCUCGACAAAGUUGGGUGGAUCGACGGUGAAGAACAUAUCGUUACUGAGUGCGGAAAAUUUGGAUUAUUCUGAUGGAUGCGGAUACUUAUGUCACCUAAUGUCUGUAUUGACAUCAUGAUAAAAAAUUAACAAUAUAUCCACACACGUCGGACUUAGAGAACGACUUAGCCAUCGUUUCGCCUACUUACAUAUUCGCGUUUCUUUAUUGAAAUAAAAAUAAGUGAAGGACUCGUCGCGAUUUCUUGUCGACAGCUACACAUCUUCACUUGGU